AUGAGCGGAAGCAGCUACUGCAUUAUUGGGGCUGGAAUGGCCGGCAUUGCAGCGGCUCGGCGCGUACUGGAGCUCGGGGCCCAGGUGACCAUUUUCGAACGGAUGGACCAGAUCGGAGGCACGUGGAUAUACUCGGACGAGGUGGGGACCGAUCGAUAUGGGCUUCCGGUUCACACCAGUAUGUACCGUGGACUGCGCACCAAUCUGCCGAAGGAGGUGAUGGGUUAUCCUGACUUCCCUGUACCGCCGCAAACGGAUUCGUACAUCGUGUCCGACGACAUCUUAUCGUUUUUGAAACUAUAUGCCGAUCGUUACGAUGUGAAACGCCACAUACGCUUCAACCACCACGUAACUCAAGUGCAUCCGAUCGACGAAAGCCGUUGGCUUGUCGAAGUGGAAGAUCUGACACAGAGCAGAUCGAAGUGCACGUACCGUUUUGAUUUCAUCUUCAUUUGCAACGGACACUAUCACACACCGAGCAUUCCAACGAUCAGUGGCCACGAUCGGUUCCGUGGUCAACAACUACACAGCCAUGAUUACCGUUGUGCGGAUCAUUACAAAGACAAAGCGGUUCUCGUGAUCGGCGCGGGUCCUUCCGGAAUGGAUAUAGCGCUGGAGUUAGCGAAGCAGGCCAAACGGGUUACCAUCAGCCACCAUAUGGAUCGGUUAACGUUUCCGUUUCCGGACAACCUGACGCAGCAGUUCGACGUGGACGCUCUGACGGAGACCGGUGCCCGGUUCACGAACGGCGACGAGAUGGCGUUCGACGUGGUGCUGUACUGUACCGGCUUUCGGUACAGUUUUCCUUUCCUGGCCCCGGACUGUGGCAUCCGCGUUGAGGACAAUCACGUUCAACCGCUCUACAAACACUGCAUCAACAUCAAUCACCCGUCGAUGGCCUUCAUCGGGCUUCCGUUCUAUGUGUGCGCGGCUCAGAUGAUGGACCUGCAAGUGCGCUUCUGUUUGCAGUUCUUCACCGGGCACCGCCAGCUACCGUCCCGCAGCUUCAUGGCGGCCGAUAUGGAGACGGAAAUGGAGGACCGCCGACGGCGGGGCUUCAAGCGGCGCCAUGCGCACAUGAUGGGACCGGAGCAGGGACGGUACUACGAAGAUCUGGCGCGGACGGCCGACAUCGAGCCGAUCGCGCCGGUCAUGACGAAACUGCACAACGAAAGCAGCCAACGCUUUGUGGACGAUCUGAUCCACUUUCGGGAGGACGUGUUUGCCAUAGUGGAUGACGAAACCUUCGUGGCCUUGUAGAACUCUUCUUAGGGUGGAUGUUUCCAUUGGAGAAUCAUUGUGAAAAACAAACACGGAGGUCUGAUCAACCGGAUCCGACCUGAGCUUGGUAAAAGAAUAGAGAGGCUUUUUGUCAGUCGUUUUGAAAUAGAGCGAUGGCUCUUAAGCUAUUGCAACAGCAUCGGAAUGCUAGCAUCUUCUGAAACUCUGGACACUUUCGGAGAUGUUCAGGUUUGGACGACAUAGCAUAUUUGGUUGGAACCCAUGUGACCUACUGCUUACCUUUUAUCCGCAGAUCUGGAUCAUCUCCGCUUUAGGAUUUUAUUUCUCAAAAAUGCAAGAAUUCAAAAUCUGCACAAAAAGGCACUCAAGCACACAUUUAUGCAACAGAUUGAUAAUUUCAGUUCAAACUUAUUUCCAAUAAUGGGUCUCUGUGCAAUCCGAGUAUUUACGCCGAAACUGAAAUCCUAAUCCCGAAUGGCAAGAGGCGAUUGUUAAAAUCUUUUGAAUUGGAAAUUAUUUUUUAAGUAAGACAACAACACUAAAUAUUCUUGCUGGGUCUAUUUGCAUAUUGCGUAGAGAAAGGAUUUCUUAGAUAUCUUCGUUACAGAAAUAUUAACAAAACAUAAUAAAAUUAGCAUUU